AUGUCCGCUACUGUGAAGAGAUCCCUCAGCAGCACCGGCAGGUCCAUCAGUCCGCCUGCACGGAGGAGGAAAGUUUCACAGGCAGCUGAGGAAGACACACACGUGGCCAGCACAUGGUUUGCUAACCCAGACCAUGUUCGAAUCUUCAGUUGGAAUGUCAAUGGCGUCGCUCCACUGCUUCAAAAGCCGCUGUCCUUCAACUCGACAUCCCUGUCGCCGCUGCGAUCUUUUCUGAAACGCCAUCAGUGGCCUCAAUUGCUGUGUUUGCAAGAAGUCAAGAUCAGCCCCAGAGACGUCGCAACCCAAAGGCAGCUGCAUCAAGCCGCCAAUCACGGUCACGCCGCAGGAGAACCGACCUAUACGGUUCAUUAUUCUCUCCCCCGAGACAAGUACAAUGCGACUGGAUUCGGCGGCAAAGUCCACGGGGUUGCUUCCUUUCUGAGAGAUGACUUCGCCUCGGGCGUUCGUGUCACCCGGCGGCCAGAAUGGGACCUCGAGGGUCGGGUCUUGAUACAUGAACACGAGGUUGGUCUAGUUCUCAUCAACGGCUACUGGGUCAACGGGACUUCUAAUCCCUAUCGAGAUCCUGGAACGGGUCAGAUCUCCGGUACCCGACACGACCAUAAGCUACGUUUUCAUCAACACAUGCUGGAAGAAGUUCUCCAACACGAAGCAGAGGGCCGCCAUGUCAUUUUGAUUGGGGACAUGAACAUCGCUCGAGCCCGAAUUGACGGCCACCCAAACCUGCGAACGUCCCCUCUGCAACAUGUCAAGAACCGAGCCGAUUUCAAUGCCAAGUUUUUCGACGAACCCAGUGGCAUGCGCGGAACCGACAUCUUCAGGCACAUCCAUGGGAACACCAAGAAGUUCACCUAUCACCCUCGUGGCUGUGCCUGGGGUGCGAGCUGUGAUCGAGUGGACCUAAUCAUCGUCAGCCACGCCUUGGUGGACGACCUGGACGUUGUUACCGGCACCGACAUUUUGGAUUCUGCGUCAGAGCGUGGGCAUAGCGAUCACGUCCCACUCUGGAUCUCUGUUGAUUUAGCAAAACUGGCCACGAAGAAACCCACGACGUUGUCUGAGGCUGAAUUGUCGGUCGCCUCUGGUUCUACAUAG